AUGGAAUUUCUCAAAACCAAACCAAGUGAAUUCAAACGAGUUAUAAUGCAUGAAUUGGGACACACGUUUGGCUUUGAUUAUUCGCUGUUUCCUUACCUACGUGAUGAGAACGGUCAGCCUAGGACAACGCGUAACCCAGAAACUGGUGAACCAGAAUUGCCGAAAGAUAAUGAAGGACUAGAAGCUGAUAAGAAUACCGUGAAGUACGUGCAGAGGAACUGGAAAACAAUUUCGGGUGAGAAGAGUUUCCGGAGAAUCGUCCUAACAUUGCCAAGUGUUGUCAGCUUUGCAAGACGCCAUUUUGGGUGUAAUGAUCUUGAUGGUGUUGAUCUAGAAUCGGAUGGUCGCAGUGGAAAUCGUCGUUCACACUUCGAACGCCGUCUGUCCAUUGGGGAAAUAAUGUCUGGUAAAAUGGAUACCAUGGCUUCUGUCUCUGGUUUAACUCUCGGUUACUUCAAUGAUACUGGAUGGUACAAUGUGGAUUUUUCCAUGGCUGAACGAUGGGAGUGGGGUCGUGAUCAAGGCUGCGAUUUUAUUCAUCAAAGUUGUGGUGAAUUCAUCAAAACACAAAAGUCAAGAGGACAGCAGUUAUCACCUUGGUGUGAUGAAAUACUUGGUCCAGUGCCUGUUUUUCGAUGCAUUCCUCACGUGAACGCUUACGGAUUGUGCAAUUUGAGGAAGUUCAGUUCAGCUUUAGAACCAGAACAUAUACACUUCAAUAACGUGUUUGGCGUAUCAAAGUCGGAACAAAACAUGUUGGCAGGACUGGACAAUUUCGCAGAUCACUGUCCAUAUAUGUCGAUAAGGACAUUAUACCGGAGUAUUACGGGAAACGGUCACGAUGUUUCAAUAUCGAAAUAAUAUUUGGAGAUGGGAAUGGCAGUCUCGUAGCCGCUGGUUGUUAUAAAGUGAAAUGCAAUCUCCGCACUCAGGUUGUAGUGAUGUUUAACGACAAAUGGCAUAAGUGCCCUAAAAACGGUGGUGAUAUUUGG